CGCUGGUGCCUAACUCAGCUACAAUCGGGCGGAAGGCGGUUUACACCCUGGACAAGUUGCCACCUGGAAUCCAGUCAUGAAACUUGUCAAUCACGUCGUCAUGGCUACAAGUUGUAGUUUUUGACGUAGCCAGUCCGACACAGCAAGUCAGCAACUGCGCUACAAAAAUGAUUGUUUUCGGUGCUAAGCAAUAUUGCGUGUUAAACAUUGUUACAUGUUAAACAAUAUUGCGUGUUAAACAAUGUUACAUGUUAAACAAUGUGUCGUGUACCAGCAGAUUCACAAUAACACAGGUCGAGUGGAUGUCUUCAUGUUAGCUUAGCAGCUGCCAAAGGUCAUGAAACUCCUGGCACAGAUAAAGUAUAAAUAUUAAAUUCCAUGCGUGGACAGGGAACCCUACCUACCUACGAUAGAGUUGUGAACGUUCAGCAAAAAUAUGUAUUAUGUUGUCUGUUUAGCAGAAGAAUGUGAUGUCGACCGCGUAACGAGACAAGACUGUAGCUUGUUUGUGCUUGGAACCAACGCCGUGUACACCCCGGUCCAGCAGGAGGCGCUGUGGUCAGUCAGCAGCUGUCAGCGCAUGCGCCAAAGCGUGCAAUCAUCACAUGUUAGUUUGUGCAGCUGUUGUAUUUAUCAAGCAAGCACGUUCGUCUUUGUUUUGGUACUUUUAUACUAAAAAUGACUCCUUAAUGUAAAUGUCCUGAUGGCAUCUCCUGCUGCUCGCAUGUUUCGAAGGUUAGAGGGUUUGUUUUGUGUCUACAAACCUCCUGGUAUGCCAUGGAAAGUCGUGAGGGACACCAUCGAGACCAAGCUCCUCAAAGGUUUGGAUGCGUUGCCACCGCUGCCUCUUCCUGAGCAGAUCCGCUUUUUGGCCCAACCAGGCAGCAACGCUUUGAUGCCCACAGAACUGUCAGCAUCCUCUGUCCCAGUCUUGUCCAAACACCCUCUGGUGACUGGGAGUGAAUUCAAGUAUAUUCCAGUCGGUGUAGGACAUCGCUUGGAUACAUCAUCUUCUGGUGUUAUGGUUCUCGGUGUUGGGAAGGGAAACAAAGUGCUGAAUGGCCUCCAAAGCCUGCAAGUAACCAGAGAUUACACAUUGGAGGGCGAGUUUGGCUACGCUACUGAUAACUUCUCCCACACAGGACGUGUUGUGGAAAGAUCCACCUAUGAUCACAUUACGCAAGAUAAGCUGGACAAAGUUUUGGCAAUGCUGCAGGGAGCAAAUCAGAAGGCUUUGUUAACGUACGCCAACGUAGACAUGCGUUCCCAGGAAGCCUACGAGAUGGCUGUGCAAGGUUUACUUGGCCCAGAUGGGAAGUCACCGCCCAUUUUGACGGGCCUGAGGUGCAUUCGCUUCCAGCCUCCAAACUUCACUCUGGAGGUACAAUGCCUAAACGAAACGCAGAACUACCUCCGCAAAGUGGUGCACGAGAUCGGACUGGAGUUGCGCAGCACGGCCUUCUGCAAGGGAGUUCGCCGUACGAGAGAUGGCACUUUCACCCUGAGGGACGCUCUUACCCGCGACCGCUGGAAGCCCGCUGAUGUCUUAAGUGCUAUCCGACAGUACCACGCUGGUCACAGACAAAGGAAACAAGAGUACAAAGCCCAGGAGCAACAAGACGCUACGGCCAGAGAAGAACUGCAUUCUAGAUGAAGCUUCUCUGAAGACGAAGGUAUGCUGAAAAGCGGAUGUGACAAUCCUGAGAUCCGAACUUAAGGAGUACUUUUCGAUAUUGUGGUUCUGUUGGAGGCCUGAUGAUGCCUUCGCAGGACUAGUCGCUCUAAGGGAGGACACCGUUGGCUUUGCUUGUCUGGAAGUACGACCACAUCAAAUAGAAGAACAAGAGACAUUUUAGAUUAGUUUGCAACACAAAUUAGAUACAAUUUACACCAGAGUUUUAUUGCCAUUAAUUAUUGAGUGACCUGCAUCUGUAAUAUAGUCACCACGAGGUGUUUUGUCUUAUCACUCUAAUUCAAAAAUAUCCAUCCAUCUUUUUCCUACCGCUUAUCCCUUUUUGGGGUCGCGGGGGUGCUGGAGCCUAUCUCAGCUGCAUUCGGGCGGAAGGCGGUGUACCAUCUCAUCGCAGGGCCAACACUGAUAGACAAAAUUUACAUAUUUAUCUAAAAAAUCAUCACAGUUCCUCGUUGUUUCGCAUGACAGCACUGUCUGUAUUUAUUAGUCAAAAAUAUUUAUAUUAAGCACAUUUUAGUUCCUAGGAAUUCAUGCAAACUCAACCAAUUUUGAGUAGUAUGUGCAACCUUGCAACUUUCCUCCAUAUUCUGCCAAAUCAGCGUAAUUUUUGCCAAUCAAAUGUCUUAGCGGCGCUCAAACGCGCACGUCAACUGUCUAGUCAAAACUUAUGUUUGUUUCUUGUGUAGACAAAGUUGUUGAUCCAGGGUUUGCCAAGAAAAUAUUUGGUAUGGGGAUGUUACAAAGAGACAGCAUUUACAUUUGUUAGAGAUGUUGAAGUGUGAUGAUCCCUCAUUGGCUCUUAUUUACCAUGAACAUUUAGUGCUAUAGAUUGGUCUCAACGUGCACAGUAUGUGUUGGACCAUAAACACAUUUUCACCUAAAGCAAAACAAAAAAUAAAGUUGACAGAACAAGUGUAAGUUGCAGACACGACACAAAGGAAGCCUUUGGUGGUGUUUCUAUCUGUAAUUAUAAAUAAUUAAAAUGGUAUGGUAAUUUGACAAUGAGUUCUGAGUAUGUUGAUCAUGUAUUUGUACUACCAUUGGAUGUUUACUUUUAGGUCUGUGCUGUAAUAAAAUUAGUAAAAUAUCAA